CGUCAAACAAGAAUUACGAGAUGCCACCAAAGUUUGGGCUGGUUAUCCCGAAGAGCAAGGCGCAGCAAGGAGCGCAGCGCGUGGCGCAGUUGCAGCGCUCGCGCGAGGCAGCGGCGCUCUUCAACGAUGACGACAGCGACGACGAUGCGGACGAACAGAUUGGAGGCAAGGCCGAGGUCAACCAAAUGCUCCUUCGCGAAGCAGCCUCCUCCAGAACAGCAAAGAACAUCCAACGAGAGCUGGAGAAAGCACAGGAGCAAGAUCCUUCCAUCUUCCAAUACGAUGAGGUGUACGACGACAUGGCAGUUGCGCGUGUCAAAUCAGACCCAAGAUUCGAACGCUACCAGCACGGAAAGAAGAAGGAGCCAAAGUACAUUGCACAGCUGCUACGUGCAGCCAAGGAGCGGAAGCGACGCGACGAUGCCAGAAUAGAACGCGCUGCCCAGCGGGAGCGGGAGGAGGAGGGCGAUGAGUUUGCCGACAAGGAAGAGUUUGUGACAGAGGCGUACAAGAAGAAACUGCUGGAGAUCAAGGAGACGGAGGCCCUGGAAAAGUUGGAGGAGGCCGAGGAUGUCACGACAACGACAACGACGACAAGACGCUGCAAGCACCUCGUCUUCUUCUGA